AGGGCUGGAAUAGGGCGAAUUGCCACAACGGGCCAUUACUCAAGCCCAGAGUUCAAUUAGAAUGAAGGCUGGUUCUGCCGUUCUGCGAUCAUUAGAGCUCAGACGAUCAACCGCCUCCCCCGAGUCCUGACUCCUGAGUCCUGAAUAGAGCCUAGACUAUCAAACGAAGAAGAGGAUUUCUAUUCUUCUACCAAACACGUAACAGGUUUCGGCUACAAAACGGGAAAAAGAAGAAAAGAAGAAACAUGGUGGAGAGAUUGAAAUGCCUGAUUUUAGUGGGAGCCGGAGCUCUGCUCGGUUCUGUCUCAACUAUCAGUCUUCUGAAGCUUCUUUCCAGAAGAAAACGUGCAAAUAGGUGUAUUAGCAAAGUACAUGAUUUGACCAAUAAAGAAUGCAGCUCUGGAACAGGUAGAGGGGGCUUUGGCAUUGCUGUUGACACAAUAGUUGGGCUGGACCUAUUGAAAGAUGAAAUAGUUUCAGAACAACUUACCAGGAACAUUCAAUUCUUUGGCCUGGAGUCUCAAAGGAAAGUGAGUGAAUCCUUCGUUGUAGUCAUUGGUCUUGGAGGAGUUGGGAGUCAUGCUGCUAGCAUGCUUUUGAGAUCAGGGGUUGGCAGGCUUCUUCUUGUGGAUUUUGAUCAGGUAUCACUUUCAUCUCUGAAUCGGCAUGCUGUGGCAACAAGAGAGGAUGUUGGAAUCCCAAAAGCCCUGUGCCUGAAGAAGCACUUUUCAUCCAUUUUCCCUGAGUGCCAAGUUGAUGCAAGAGUGCAACUGUAUGAUGCAUCAUCUGAAGAAGAAAUUCUUUCAGGACAGCCUGAUUUUGUUCUUGAUUGCAUUGAUAACAUUGAUACAAAGGUGGCUCUUCUAGCUGCAUGUGUACGUAAGGGUUUGAAGGUACUCUCUGCAACAGGUGCAGGUGCUAGAUCUGAUCCAACACGAAUUCGUAUUGCUGAUUUAAGAGAAUCAAUAAAUGAUCCAUUAUCUAGAUCCGUAAGACAUCGUUUGAAGAAAGAUUAUGGUAUUGAAGGUGGAAUACCUGUAGUAUUUUCAAUGGAGAAACCAAAAGUAAAGCUGCUUCCAUUCAAGGGUCCAGGUGGACAAGAAGAAAAUCCUUCUGAUUAUCAGAUUAUACCCGGUUUCAGGGUCCGUAUCAUACCUGUGCUGGGGAGUAUCCCUGCAAUUUUUGGACAGGUGAUGGCUUCCUAUGUUGUGACUCAGCUUGCAGGAUUUCAAGUAGAAACAGAGCCAGUGGUAAAUUUGGAUACAGAUCAUUAUCGAAUUCUUCAUCAACGUCUUAUUGAGCACGAGGAGUUACUGUAUGGCACGACCAUGCAGGUUCAGGUAGAUAUUGAAGAUGUGAUGUAUGUCGUAAAAGAGUUGUGGCAUGGGAGAAGUGCAAGAGAUCAAUCUCCAAAAGAUGUAGGACGCGGAAUGUGGCGAUCUGUUAAUGAGUUAAUGCUUGUAAGGUGGGACCAGGCAAAGCCAGCAUCUGUAUCAAAUUUGAUUCUUUUAAAAUUUAAGGAGGCUGAUGAACACGAGUCAAGGACACUUGAUGCCAUAAAAGAAGAGGAACCAGAAUUUUUCAUGCGGAUAACAUCUGUACUGAAGCGAGCUGAAAUAGAGUACGAUUUAUAAGUGGAACUUUCAUUCACCAAUCAAAUGGGAACAGAUUAAGUUUCAACUUCUUUGUGACAUGAAUCAACUAUCAAUGGGUUUACAGGCCUUUGCAGUAGGCCUUUAGGACUUCCCAUUUCUUGUGUUUCUUGAUUUUUUAUUUUUUUUCAAUGUAAGGAUUUUCUUUGAGUUGUCUUUUUGCAUGGCCUUGCUUUUGGGGCCAUAAAUUUUGUACCAUAUUUCUAGUCUAGCACUUUCUGUUGCAACAGAAAUUUUGUUCUGUUUAUUGGGAGAGCCCUAAACUUUUCUAAUUGCAGAGCUGGUGACCUUUUCAAUAUUGUUCCAGUUCAUUGGAAUU